AUGACUGUCCGCAGAGCCCUGGUGACACAGGAGGACACUGCUGUCCCCCUCGGUUGGCGGCUGUUCCCCCAGCUCUCCCUUCUCUUGCAGUUCGUGCUGAAGCACAAGGAGUUUGCUCAUCUCCGGGAGGUGAAGGUGUUUCCCAACGCCCUCAACCCACACAAGGAGGAGUCGCGGGCACUGGUCAAAGCCAUGAUUGACCAGGUCAUGGCACUGCAUGAAGACGUAACAUGGUUUCACAUCGGAUGUGACGAGGUCUACUACCUCGGCGAAGGAGAGGAGUCAAAGCAGUGGCUGCAGCAACAAGACAACACUCUGGAGAAGCUGUGCUUAUCCCACAUAAAAGCGGUUGCAAGUUGUGUGGUCUCGUCCUACCCGACGGUGACGCCCAUCGUGUGGGAUGACAUGCUCCGAGGGAUAAGUGAGGAGACGUUGGCAGAGUCUGGGGUCCCGCAGCUGGUGCAGCCAAUGAUCUGGGACUAUGCAGCAGACCUCGACGUGGAGGGCAAAGUUCAUCUCAUAGAGAAGUAUCGUAGAUGUGGCUUCUCCAAGGUGUGGUUUGCUAGUGCUUUUAAAGGAGCUACAGGAGUGAAUCAGUCUCUAACGCUUAUUGGACACCAUUUAAAAAACCAUCUUCGAUGGCUGCAAGUGGCAAGCAGCAGCCCCGCUGAUGUCCUUGAAGGUAUCGCGCUGACCGGCUGGCAGAGGUAUGAUCACUUCUCUGUUUUGUGUGAGCUUCUCCCUGUGGCAAUUCCAUCGUUGGCUGUAUGUCUGCAGGCACUAAAGAAUGGUGGCUAUUCUGAAAAGAUUAAAGAAAAUGUGGAAAAGCUCCUGGGAAUGUCCAACCUGGAAACCGAUACUUUCAUGAGCACGAGUCUGGGGACCUUUCCCGGGAGCAAUAUCCUUACACUUGUGACGCAAGUUAGUUUCUACCUCAAGUCAUCAGUGGAUGAACUUCUUGAAAGGAACAGAUAUGUCACAGGCUGGUUCAGCCCCUACCACAGAAAAAGGAAGAUUCUUCAUCCUAUAAUCGUGCAUCACUUCCAGCCAGAUGCACUCAGUCUUCUCGCCAAGUGGAAUGCUGUGGUGCAGGACCUCCAGGCAGCCAUGGAGCAAGUUUUCCACGAGUGUACUGUAGAGGAGUGGAUGGAGGAAAACGUCCACCCCAGCCUACAGAAGCUGCAGCAAGUGGUGGAUGAUUUAGAUAAAGCAAUAAAAGCACAAAAUUAGGGGCAUUUCAAUUAGGCUGUCUUAUUCUAUGGG